CGGUCCUUUAUCAGUCUUGACCAGCGCGGACAGUGGAGUCCCUGGAUUUAUUGCCGUCAAGAGAUCUUGGGACCUUCUCCAUCGCACAUUAUUUUUCAACUUGACCGAUUCCAUCAAAAGCGGCGUGCUGAACCUGAGCAACCAUGCCGGUUGUCAAAGGAGGUGUCUGGACAAACAUCGAGGAUGAGGUGCUUCGGGCAGCUGUCUCCAAGUACGGUCUGAACCAGUGGGCGCGAGUAUCCUCGCUGCUCGCGCGAAAGACCCCCAAGCAAUGCAAGGCGCGUUGGAUCGAAUGGCUGGACCCCGGCAUCCGGAAGGUCGAGUGGUCGAGGGAGGAGGAUGAGAAGCUGCUACAUCUGGCCAAAUUGAUGCCAACCCAGUGGCGCACGAUUGCACCUAUUGUCGGCCGCACGGCAACUCAGUGCCUGGAGCGCUACCAGAAAUUGCUGGAUGAAGCUGAAGCUCGUGAAAAUGAUGAAUUGGGCCUAGGAGGUCCUGGCGAGGAGACCGCGGCCCCCAGUGCGGACGAUGUGCGCCGGCUACGGCCCGGUGAGCUCGACCCCGACCCCGAAUCGAAACCCGCUCGUCCCGACACGAUCGAUCUCGACGAAGAUGAAAAAGAAAUGCUCAGCGAGGCCCGUGCUCGUCUGGCGAACACACAAGGAAAGAAGGCGAAGCGCAAGGCCAGAGAGCGACAGCUAGAAGAAUCCCGAAGACUCGCGGUCCUUCAGAAGCGCCGUGAACUCAAAAAUGCCGGUAUCAACAUCAAGGUCGUUACGCGGAAGAAGGGCGAGAUGGACUACAACGCCGACAUCCCAUUCGAAAAGCCGGCCGCACCGGGAUUCUACGACACGAUGGAGGAGCAGUCCCGAAACGAGAGGCAGCGCGAGAUGUUUGAUCCCCGAAAGCAACAACUUGCCAAUAAGCGGAAAGGCGAUCAAGAUGAUGAGGCCGAACGAAAGAAACGGAAAAAUGACAAAAAUGGCACAUCGGCUGCGUCGGCCGCUGCCGCUCGCGCUGGCCAAAUGCAAAAGAUUCGUGAGGCGGAGCAAAGCAGUAAACGGCGAGCUCUCGUUCUCCCUAGCCCCCAGGUCAGCGAAAGCGAAAUGGAGGACAUAAUCAAGAUGGGUAUGGCAGGAGACAAGGCCAGCAAAAUGGCUGGAGAUGAGGAAACUACUCGUGGUUUGAUCGGCAACUACACAGCUAUCGUUGGAGGAACGCCCAUCAGAACACCCCGCGCGGCGCCAGAGGAAGAUCACAUCGCCAACGAAAUCCGCAACAUCAGAGCACUCACCGAAACGCAAUCAUCGUUGCUCGGUGGGGAGAACACUCCCUUACACGAGGGGGGAUCCUCGACCGGGUUUGAUGGCAUUGCCCCUCGCCGUCAGGAUAUCGUCACCCCCAACCCCAUGGCGACUCCGUUCCGUCAAGCCAAUGGUGUCGGUGCAACGCCCAUGCGAGGAGGCGUUGGUGCCACGCCGGGUGUUGGUCCUGGAGCCACACCAUUGCGAACACCCCGGGAUCACUUCGCUCUGAACAAGGAGGUGGACGGCGGACAAUUGGUUUCGAGUACACCCAGAGACCUCAAAAUCCAGGAGAAUCUCGCCCGUGACAGCAUUCGCAACAAGCUUGCAGCCCUUCCCAAGCCCAAGGAAACCGAGUGGGAAUUGGAAGAGCUUCCCUCCGAGUCGGCAGAGCCUACGACGGCAACCGAGUUUGUGGAAGAAGAUGCCGCCGAACGGGAUCGAAAAGAGAGAGAAGCGCGGGAGAAGGCCGCCCAGGCAGAGUUGAAACGCCAAUCGCAAGUAUAUCAGCGAUCGUUGCCUCGACCGAGUGUUCUCGACAUUGAUGCCUUGAUCGAGCGAGCAUCGCACGUAACUGACCCCAUUGCCGCCUUGAUUGCCAAGGAGACCGCCUUCUUGAUUGCAAUCGAUGCUCGCAAAUUCCCGGUGCCUGGUGCGAAGGUGGAAGGCAAGGCUCGAAAGCUGGAGCGACUCGACGACGACUUGAUCGCUGCAGCUCGUGCGACCAUCACCGCGGAAACUGCUACUUCUGGCCAGCAACAGGACUGGCAGGAAGGAUUCAACACCCAGUGGUCUUCCACGCAUUCGAGCACCCUUCCGGGUCUCUCCAACUAUGCCGAUGACGAGGAGGAUGAAUUCCAAGAAGAGCAGCGUAUGAUCGGCGCAUUUGAUGGCGUGCAGACCUCCCUCUUUGCCACCGCCGAGCGUGGGAACAAGCUAGAGAAGAAGCUUGCGCUGCACUAUGGUGGAUAUCAAAACCGAGCCAAGAUGCUUCGCACCAAGAUCCUCGAAGCCAGCUCCGCCUUGGAGAAAUCCAAGGAUGAGUUGGAUGCUUUCCGCAACCUGCAGAUUUCCGAGGAAUCGGCUCUCUCACACCGGUUGGAGCGGUUGCGAGACGAGGUGACCUUCACCAUGAGACGCGAGCGCGAAGCCCAGGAGGUUUACCGCACACGCAAGGACGAACUGGACGACCUAGUGGCAGGGACUGGGGGGAUGUUAAGUCUACGCUGGAUAAAUCGCUUGCCAUUCACCAUGGGUGUCAGAGAUUCCCAUGGGGAGGCCACGGGGACCCCGGACCCCGUCGAGAAGGGCUUUGCCACCCUCAACACCAUCCGGAUCGGUGUGAAGGCCAUGGUGCAGAAGGACGGGGAAUUGAGAAAAGCCGAGAUCUUGUCCAUCAGGCAGCGGAAGGAUGGCCCGAGUUUCUACGUUCACUAUGUCGACUUCAAUAAGCGUCUGGAUGAAUGGGUCGACUCCGGACGGCUGGAUCUAUCCCAGGAGGUUGAGUGGCCACAGCCAGAGAAGCCGGAGAAGAAGAAGACUGGCCCCGGCCAAAAAGCACCCAGCAAGAAUACCCAGAAGCGCCCAAGAGCUGGGAGCCGGGAGGUAUCAGCGACGCCCGAUCUGCUGACGGGCAAGAAUGCCAAUGUCGGUAAGGCGCCACGCCCGUCCAAGGCGGGUGGGAAGGAGAAUCGGGGCGAGGAUACGCCCUUGAAUAUGUCCAUCUUGGGCUCUGAAGCCGUCUCGGCAGAUGGGACACCCAAGGGCGACUCCGACGAUGUCGACAUGAUCGAUGUCGGGUUCUCUGACAUGAAAGAGGAGCAGGGCAAGAUGUCUCGAGAAGAGGAGAUUGAACGACUGCGGACAAGCGGCAGUAUGACCCAGAACCCGACGGAGAUCCAUCGCGUGCGGAACUUGAAUCGCCUGCAGAUGGGCAAGUUCGAUAUCGAACCCUGGUACUUCUCGCCGUACCCCGCCGAGUAUUCUGACGUGGAUAUGAUCUACAUUGAUGAGUUCUGCCUCAGUUACUUCGACAACAAACGUGCGUUUGAGCGUCAUCGAGCCAAAUGCACGCUUGUGCAUCCUCCCGGGAACGAGAUCUACCGCGAUGACAACAUCUCUUUCUUCGAAGUAGACGGUCGACGUCAACGAACCUGGUGCCGUAACCUGUGUCUCCUGAGUAAGCUCUUCCUCGACCACAAGACGCUCUACUACGAUGUCGAUCCGUUCCUUUUCUACUGCAUGUGCACCCGAGACGAAACCGGCUGCCAUCUCGUGGGAUACUUCUCCAAGGAAAAGGAUUCCGCCGAAGGCUACAACCUCGCCUGUAUCCUGACUCUCCCUCAAUACCAGCGUCGCGGGUUUGGUCGACUCCUCAUCGCCUUCAGCUACGAACUUAGCAAACGCGAAGGCAAGCUUGGCUCGCCCGAGAAGCCCCUCAGUGAUCUGGGUCUGCUGGGAUACCGACAAUACUGGCGUGAAACGUUGGUCGAAUUACUCAUCGAACCGGGUCGUGAGUCCAUCAGUGAAAACGAACUCGCAGUCUUGACCUCGAUGACCGAGAAAGACGUCCAUGAGACGCUAGUUGUUUUCAACAUGCUCCGAUAUCACAAAGCAAACUGGGUCAUCGUCCUUACCGACAACGUCGUCGAAGAGCACAAGAAGCGCCUCGAAAAGGAGAAAGUUAAAGGCUCUCGCAAGAUCGACCCAACCCGUCUGCAAUGGAAGCCGCCUGUGUUCACAGCGUCCAGCCGAACCUGGAACUGGUGAAAGAUGCCGUUAUUUGAAGUAAUCAAAUGCACGAGUUCGGGACGAGUCAAGUUGAGUCUAGGGUUAGAUGAGUUACUUAAAAUAGCGGGGAAGUAUGGCGUUUUGAUACCCAGAUAAUUGGAGUCAUGGAUUUUGUUGGUGGAUCUUUUGAUUGAUCUUGUUUUCUUUCUGUUUUCUACCCAGGUAUUCGGUGCUGGGGCUGAGUUUGGAGCUGGUGUUCAGGAACAUGCACGCAUAAAUAAUGGAUGGAUAGGUCUUUUGUGUGAUUAGCAAGAGAGUACGAAGAGACCGAUAAACAUUUUCUCAAUAAUACAGUCAGUAUUAUCGAUGCG